GGUUCUACCUCUGUCAGCCCCUCCGCAGCGCACUGGGGCACAGGUGUCUCUUCACCCUAAUGGGUGAGCAGGGUGCGGGGCGGUGCUCGGAGAAACCUCCCAGCCCCGGACCCUCCAUCCAGGGGGUCACUUGGCCCCAGCCGAGGGGUCGCGGCAAGGCCCUGCCGGGAUCGGCGGGAUGGGAUGUCCAGCACCACCGGCCCGGCUACAACUCAGUGGGUCCUGCCCUUUGCCCUCGCGCUUCCAAACCUUCCGCCCCGGAGCACCGCCCCCUCCCGGGGCCGCGGUGGCCGUCCCUCCUUCCCCGGUCCCCCGCUCCGUCCUCCCCAGGAAUGGGGGCGAAGGGACCCCGGGCCUGAGCAUCGGCGGCCCGGGGCCUCCAACUCCCUCCCUCGGGCCUGUCGCUGCCCCGGGGCGGGCGGAUGUGGGCGCCCAGCGGGAGGCCCGAGCCCUCCGGCCCCGGAACCAGCCCCGGCUGGGAGCCGGCCCGAGCCCCGCGGAGCCGGACACACGCCCGGGAAGGACCUCCGCGCGCACGAGCGCCGACAAGAACCCCAAGAGUCUCGGGAUUCUACAGAAGGAGAAAUUGAGGCUGAGCCAGAGGCAGAGCCAUGCCAGACGGAGAAACACGAGUCCACAGUGGCCUAAGAGGGCCUGGCCAUUCCGAGGUCCAGCUUCUGACCAUAGACUCCUAGUUCCCACAAGCACAGCUCCAGCCUCACUAACUGGGAUUUUUAGCAGCCGAUGUCCGUCUUCAGUCCCUGUGGGUGUCCCAGCACUCAGUCAGCGGGGCGGAGUUGUCCAGAGCUUCCAUGAUGUGUGGUAUUCUAACAGAUGGAUUGCAGAAGCAGAUAUGAGAACCUAGCGGCCUUCUAGUAAGCCAGCAUUAAAGAGAUUUGCAAGACUGUAAAACCAUACCUUGUUGUCACUAAAUUUGUUCUGCUUUGGGAAAAAGGUUGUUUUAAUAAAAAUUAUGUGAACUUAUAAUAGACUA